AUAAGAUUGUUUUGGAAUGUCCAAUUUUAGCUCUUUCAAACCAUACCCCACUUGACCUUGUUACUAAACUUCGAAAUUUUGCCCCCUCUUCAUAUUGAGCAUUUUCCAUAGUUAUAUAAAAAAAAAACUUUCAAUGUGUCUGGGUUAGCAUUGUUCAUAACUAUUCCAAAUUUCAAAUCGAUAGUUUAAGUUGUUCUUGAGAUAUUUGGCGAUGUGACAGACAGACAGACGGACGGACAGAAUCUUUCCAUAAGGGUUCCUUUUGUACCUUUUUGGUACGGAACCCCAAAAAUCAAAGAUCACGAAGCAUUGAGAAAAUUCUCUUGAAGUUGGUUUGUAAUAAACAAAAUAGCAAUAAAUGAUCAUAGGUUGUUAACCGACGUAGGUCGUCACUGUUAUCUUGACUGAUCUUGUACCUAAAUGAUUAAUUUGCAAUCAUUAUAGGCGGAGUGCUUGUUAGAAUGAUUAUGACACUUAAAAAAAAUACUUCAACGAAUUCCUAAAACAUCAACUGCACUUACCUCACGUAUGUUAACAAAAGUUUAGCGACUGUUGUGGUUGAAAUUGUGCGAGAUAACACGUUCCGAUAUGGGGCAGCGUGGACUUUUUGUGGGUAUAAGUUUUUAUUAGCGUCUGAAGUCCCGUGUGCGGAGGGUAGCAGGCAACAGGAGGGAGGGCCGGGUGGGCGUGUGGGGCUGCGGACUCAGUCGGCACCGAGCCUCGAGUCGCGCACGCCGGCAGCACGCCGCACCCGCGCUCCGCUACUCGCAAAACUUUCACGAACUUUUCCAACAAGAAAAACUGCGCAGUGCUCUGAACAAAAUUGGAUGCAAAUUAGUUACCAGCCAUCUGUGUGGUGUGUGUUUGUAGCAGGACAGUUCUAUUUGGAAUGAUGGAGUCUAAUUGAAGCAGAAUGGUUUUAGCACCAUGAGGCCGCGUGGCGAGCUCGGAUUCCAGGCCUCGGUUUGAGGAUGUGCCUGAGUGGAGCAACUAGCAGGAUGGCCGCACAGGCGAGCUCACGCGUUUUCUUGCUGGCGCUUAUGUUGCUCUGUCGAGAGGGCGUAUCGAGCCUAGAGCUGCUGGAGCUGCGCGUGCCGGCGCACGUGCCGCUGGGUACACGCCCGUCGCUGUCCUGCCGCUGGCAGCUCGGGCCCACCGACGUGCUGUAUUCCGUCAAGUGGUACAAGGACGGCAAGGAGUUCUUCCGACACGUGCCCAAGGACACAGAGCCGCGCAGAAAGUUCCCGCUGCCCGGCGUCGAUGUUGAGAGAUCGAGUACAAAUGGGGCAAACGUGACGCUCUUCCCGGCGAUCCUGGAGACAGGCGGGCGUUACCGCUGCGAGGUGUCCGGUGAGCGGCCGCUGUUCCCAACGGUGUCCGACCACUCGGACAUGACCGUCGUAGCUCUUCCGAACCACGGGCCCACAAUCACAGGGUCCAAGCUUCGGUAUCAGAUCGGCGACCGAGUGCAGGUGAACUGCACGUCGGGUCGGUCGCGGCCGGCGACGCGGCUGGCGUGGUACGUGAACGGCGAGCCCGCGCCGCCCGCCGCGCUGCAGCCGCCGGUGCACGAGACGCACCCCGACGGGCUCGAGACCACUAGCCUCGAGCUCGACUUCAAGGUCAAGCCAAAGCACUUCAGAAGGGGGGAUUUGAAACUUAAGUGUCUCGCAACGAUAGCAACAGUGUACUGGCGCAGCAACGAAGAGAGCGUGCAGGGCGAGCGCAUGAAGGGGUAUGCGCGUUCGCGCGAGCUCAGCGAGGGCGCGUCGCGCGCCGACCGCGUGCAGGCGGCGGGCAAGCCCGGCGCGGCGCCGCGCGCGCUGCCCGCGCUGCCCCUGCCCGCCCUGCUGCCUGCGCUCGCGCUGCUACUCACGCGCGCCGCCGCCAACCCCAUUAUACGAUUAAACACUUAAAAGACUCGAAACGACAACGCAGACACUUCCUAUGUGUUCGGAUUUUUAAUGGUGCAAAAAACGAUCAUUCUGAUUAGAUAAACUAAUUAUUGUAAAAUACGCUUGAUUCUGUGUAGCUGAGUAAAGUUAUAUAUAAACACUAACGCGUGAGAUAUGUGCCAUUGUCGAAGUAAUUAUUAUUACCUUGUUAUUUUAUCAUUAUCACCUCCAAUUCCAAAGAUUAUUAUUUUACCAAUAUUUUGUCUAACCAAAGUAGAGGCAUUUUGUAAUUAACAUAUCAAAAUCUCUUACGUAUACAUUUGCGUCAUUAAGGGUAAUCUAUACGUAUCGAUACGUCAGUAAGUAAUAACGUAGAAGUUAUUUGUGAUUCCAAUUACGAGUAUGAGCUAUUACGUGACAUAUCAUUCAAAUCAGAUUUCAAUAUAUGUAGUACUGCAACAUUGCUUAAAAUCAGUCAACAUUAUUUCCAAAGAUGUUGUGAUGUACAGAUUUACGUGGGCGGUUAAAUUGGUGUAAAGUUAUUUUUAGGUCACUUGCAAAUAUAAAUCAUCUUAUCAAUGUUUGAAGUUCGUUUGACUGUCAUAGGUAACUUAAAAAGCUACCUGUCAGUACUUUUUUGGAUGUGCUACAAAGUUUGAUGGGCUUCCAGUUCGAGCGCCAUCUUGAUAGUCACGUCUCGUGAUUAAUUCCUUUGUGUUUUGCGCAUUAAUAUUGUUUAAAGUGUAAUGGCGUAUUAUACAGUUAACUAAUGUGGUAGUGUGCAGUGAAGAUUCUCCAUUCACAAUGCAUGUGUGAGUGAAACGCGUUUAACCACCAUUUUGGAAUCACCGGCCGGUAGUCCACGUGCUACUUGUAAAGUCCAGGUAUCGCUUUACAAGAGCUAAUGAAAUCACCGUAUACUGUCUUGUACUAACCGUACAAUUUUAGUCCUAUUUAAGGCUCCUAAUACCUUGAUACUAGCGAAAUAGUCCCACUGGACUGAAGCCAUAAUUUUAAAAGAAUGAAUGAAUUAAUAAAAUUUGAUGAAAUGUACGGGUACAAAUUAAUUAAAUAAACGGAUCACCGAACACUGCGUUCGUAUAGGAUUAAUACAAUUUUACUGUUAUAACAGAUUUAUAAUAUUAUUUAGUUGCGUUUGAUUAGUUACUGAUGCGCGGAUUUACCUUUGUUUACUUACCCCUACUAUGAAAAUGUAGACUUAUUUAACCACCUUUUUCAGCGAAUGGCCAUUUCUCGAACGGCAUGUUAUUAGUCCAUGUUAAGUGUCGCUGACUUAGUACUCUAGUGUGCUGCAAUGGAAACCCGUACGAUUUGAGAGUUCCAAAUUCAAAAAUAAAGCAAAAUUGGUGAUCUCAACAGGAUCAACAAUUUUACGCACUAUGGCCAAAAUUAAUUUACAAAUAUAUAUUCCCGUUUACAGUAUUUUCCUUACUGAGCGAAAUACGCAGCACCAUGACGCACUCCGUAGUAUUAACGAAAUAUUAACAAUAUUCAUAUUUAUUCUUUGCUGUCGCGUACAUCAGGUUACAUAGAAAUACAGAAGUCGCGUGCGUCGUGUCGUUUUUGAUGCUUAAUUAACGGGUCAGAAGAAAAUUCACUUUCAUAUUCUCUUCGGGCCUUUCCUCCUAUCUUUGUGCAAUAAAUACAUAAUGUAACUUAUUUAGUUAUUUAAAAAUCGUUCGUCGAUUAUGAAAUAAUUCAAAUAUGCAUCAUUUUAAUCGAUCACAUUAGACUGUUGUAGGUAAAUUCUGUCUAUAUUUUAGAUACUAUUGAAACGUGUUUACUGUAUAUAUUGCUUAAAGUAAUUGUACGAGUAUGUCAUAUAAAAUUAGCUAGGUGCCCCUUAUCUAAGGAUAUUGGUUGCUGAAUUAAUAAGGUGUCGAUCGAGGUGCCUACUUAUGUGAGAAACUGACAACUGUUUUUGCCAUUCGGAUGAAACAUGUAAUUGGAACCACACAUUGUUUAGGUUUGGCCAGGGAUAUUCCCGGAAAGCGUUUUAUGUUACUGGCAAUAUUGCUAGUGAAAUAAAACCACUAAAUACUGAAAGGAAACAUAUGUGCGUUAGCAGACGACUAAUUGCAAUUAUCGUUCCUCAUAUCCUAAAUAUCAUUGGGUGGAUAGAGUAGAGGCAGAUCUCAGGUAGAGUGAGCUCGGCGUCUGCGUAAGCUGGAGCGAGUCCGCUCUGGGCGGCUACCGGGAAAAUCGAAAUUCGUCAAUUGCAGGCAUUUUUCUCUGUCAUUCUCAUUACGUGUUAGAGAGAGUAAAAGAGAAAGAUCCGCGCAAUUUCCGAAUUUCGGUUUUCGCGGUAGGUCCCCUGGACCGAACAAAGUGACGUGCUCUUGUGUUGGUGGUCAAGACUCAUUUUGGGUCAUCGCGCCAGCCAAGUAAGUAAUUGCAAUUAAAUCGGCAGUCAAUUCCAAAAUUUCGCAAUAUUGUCAAUUUCCUAAUGUACUCAGUAAACAUCAGUAGGUAUCUAAUUAUUUUUUUCAGCGCUAAUUCGGCAAAGUCGUUUCAUUUGACAACUAAUACCUUGGGAGCGUUUAAUAAAAGCUUGUAUUACAAGUGAAGUCUAUUUGUAACUCUUAGGUAUUAGAAAGAAUGUUCCGCUUGUGUUACAAGUUAGUUUCAAGCUUUUUUGAAAAUCUCUUCUCUUCUUCUUCAUGAAAUAUUAACGGAAUGGUGGCCGCUUUCAGAUGAAAGAAGCCCCUGGCGUCCGUUGGCUCGUUGGGUGAACGUCAUUCGGAAGAUUGUGGGUCACUUCUGUUCUGGAUGAGAUUAGUUCAGGACCGGGAUAAGUGGCGUAAUAGAAGAGAGGCCUAUGCUCAGCAGUGGGCGAUAAAAGGCUGAUGUGAUGAUGAUGAUGAUGAUGAUGUUCUUGAAAGUACCGUCUGGUCAACCGGAAUAAAAUACUGUCAAAGAAUUUAACUUCGGUUGACCUAUUUCUUGCCUUUUCACGUUGACAAGCAAUAUGAAAGUCGCUAGGUACUAAUGUACAAUCAAAUUAACCUUUCGUAUACGCCUGUCAAAAAUUUGCCAUGACAUUUUUUUAUUUUAUUUUUUAUUAAAUACAGCAACUAUCUUUACAGGUAAACCCUGAGACAAUAGCGCCUUAAAUUAAGUAAUUCUUAUUACCACUUAACUAAAUAAUUAAAUAAAAUAUAUACCUAUUACAAUCCCACAAUACACAAUAAUGUCAAUUUAGAUUUCAAUAUUACAUUACACAAUAAUUUCAAAUUAAUUUUAAAUCCAUUACAUUAUAUAACAAUAACACAAUACAUAUAAACACGUUUUUGACAAUUGCCACAUCGGGCAAUAAAAAAGAUCUGUCUUGUCGGCAACGAGAUUCAGAAUGUGUAUAGUACGGCUGAGAGGUGCCUUACGGAGCAGAUUCGUCCUCUUCGCGACAUCUUCAUGUUUAAGUUGAAUUUGGUUGAAUAUAUAUGGAGCAGAUCUACUUCUAAGCAUACCAAAGGUUAAAUUCCUUUAUUAUACCGUACUUUUCAGCCUACCUUAUUAAAAUAUCGUGUGAGCGUGAAAUAAAAUAAAAUUGUAAAAAUAUAUGUUGUUGACAAAAUGAUGUUAUAGUGUCUACAUGAUAUUACGUUGGCGAUGCAAAAUAAAUUAUGUGUGGUUUAUUAGGUUAUAUUUUAAAACUGGUCACUAACGUUCCAUAAGUUGAAUAGUAAAGGAAAGCGGCUACGAACAGAGAACCCGCCGAGCGGGUUCCCGGUAUUCAAUAUGCUAAACAACGAAAACACUGUAUUCACACAUUCAUCGCUGAGCUACGGUCGUAGCGCUAACGUCGUAGCCGAUAACAUAGGUUUCCCGGUAUGUAGAGGUAAUGCUUCGUAGAGACAAAACGACAACGUGUCGUGUCGUGAGCGACCCAUUUUAAUAUGUCCGUGAUUCUCGCUGGAGUUUUGUAUGUGGUUAACAAAAAAACAUUACAGUAAUUUCUUAUUCUAUGAAUAUAAUAUUGACUAUUGUACAGGGAUGUAGAUGAUUAUUGGAUUGUCCUUUGGACAAAUAAACAGAAAAUAAAUAGUUCCAUAUAAUAAUAUUAUGCGUGUUACGAACUAAAAAUUAUACGUAAGGGAAAGUCGACAAUUUAAAUUGUAAAUUCGUGAGCAUUUUUUUAAUAAUCAAUAAUAUGAAAAAUUUAUGAAUCACAACGUGAUUAAAAUACCAGUGCAUCAGACAACAGCCUUUUCUACUUCAUCUGGUCACUUAUUUAAAAAAUACAUCAAUUUAUAUUCCUAAUGCCAGACUUGCCGCAGAUAACCUAAUGCAAAACAAAGGGUAAAAUUUGCGUAUUCAAAUGUUUAAAAUUGCCCUCUAUAACGAAACUGCCCCUGAUGUCAUUAAAUACCAACUACUUAAAGGAAUUUCCAUGAAUGAAUAUGUUUGUGUACAUUAAAACUUUCGUUGUCCUAGUUUGGUUUUGUUUGGAACAAGUUGACAAUCGCAGCGCAAGUUCCACCCGGCCGGCUCCCUUUUUGACGUGUUCGCCACCCUGCACAUUAAAAAAAAGCGGCCAAGUGCGAGUCGGACUCGCGCAUGAAGGGUUCCGUACCAUUUAAGACGUAUUAAAAAAAAUCUACUUGCUAGAUCUUGUUCAACAUUUUACCACUUUGGACACACAUUUUACCACUUUGGAACUGUCUCUCGCGCAAACAAUUCAGUUUAGAAAAAAAUGAUGUUAGGAACCUAAAUAUCAUUUUUGAAGACCUAUCCAUAGAUACCCCACACGUAUGGGUUUGAUGAAAAAUUUUUUUUUUAAAUUUAUUGACGUAUUAAAAAAAAACUAUUCACUAGAUCUCGUUCAAACCAAUUUUCGGUGGAAGUUUGCAUGGUAAUGUAUAUCAUAUAUUUUUUUUAGAUUUUUCAUUCUGUUAUUUUAGAAGUUACAGGGGGGGGGACACACAUUUUUUCACUUUGGAAGUGUCUCUCGCGCAAACUAUUCAGUUUAGAAAAAAAAUAUAUUAGAAACCUAAAUAUCAUUUUUGAAGACCUAUCCAUAGAUACCCCACACGUAUGGGUUUGAUGAAAAAAAUUUUUUUUUUAAAUUUUUAUGACGUAUUAAAAAAAAACUACUUACUAGAUCUCGUUCGAACCAAUUUUCGGUGGAAGUUUGCAUGGCAAUGUAUAUCAUAUAUUUUUUUUAGAUUUUUCAUUCUGUUAUUUUAGAAGUUACAGGGGGGGGGGACACACAUUUUUUCACUUUGGAAGUGUCUCUCGCGCAAACUAUUCAGUUUAGAAAAAAAUGAUAUUAGAAACCUAAAUAUCAUUUUUGAAGACCUAUCCAUAGAUACCCCACACGUAUGGGUUUGAUGAAAAAAUUUUUUUUUUUAAUUUUUAUGACGUAUUAAAAAAAAACUACUUACUAGAUCUCGUUCGAACCAAUUUUCGGUGGAAGUUUGCAUGGCAAUGUAUAUCAUAUAUUUUUUUUAGAUUUUUCAUUCUGUUAUUUUAGAAGUUACGGGGGGGGGGGACACACUUUUUACCACUUUGGAAGUGUCUCUCGCGCAAACUUUUCAGUUUAGAAAAAAAUGAUAUUAGAAACCUCAAUAUCAUUUUUAAAGACCUAUCCAUAGAUACCCCACACGUAUGAGUUUGAUGAAAAAAGAUUUUUUGAGUUUCAGUUCUAAGUAUGGGGAACCCCCAAAAUUUAUUGUUUUUUUUUCUAUUUUUGUGUGAACAUCAUAAUGCGGUUCAUAGAAUACAUCUACUUACCAAGUUUGAACAGUAUAGCUUUUAUAGUUUCGGAAAAAAGUGGCUGUGACAGAAUCGGACAGACAGACGGACAUGACGAAUCUAUAAGGGUUCCGUUUUUUGCCAUUUGGCUACGGAACCCUAAAAAUACAAUCUAAUCUUUAUUUAGCCCACUAACUACGAUAAAUUUGAAAGACCAAUUCGUUUAUUACUUAAUUUUUAAUUCAGUGAGUUCAUCCUGCAAUCUUUGUAAUAAGUAGUUAUUUGAUUACAAAAGGGCAAAGUUAUUGUUAAAAAUUGAUACGCGAACGAGCGAAAUAAUCCAAACCUGUGAAAAAAAGUGGAACUGCCAGUGGAGUCGCGAGGAGUUUAAAGCAGGGUUAUAAAAUUAUUCCUACCGAGUGAAACACGUUUUUCACCACACCCACGCGAUGUAAUCCAAAUGAAAGCUAUAAAUAAUAUUUGACAUUCAAAAUCAUCACUUAAAAGUUAAUUCCACCAGCCAACAUGAGGAAACAACUUGAAAUUCGCAUCAAUUACUUUGCUACUCUUGUGUAUAGCAUAUGUAGAAUUAAACUUUUUCAUUUGUUUAUGAAGAAUAAAGAGUCUUUACGAGCUGUAGGCCAAGCACAGAAGCGGCGCGACAGUAUCUCGCUCGCGAAAUAGACUACCCGUCUUUUUCUCAUUGUAUUUAUUAGAAAGGGCCGGGUAGUCUUACUAGUUAAAGUUAAAAAGGGCUGGUUCCCAAAAAAUAUACUAAGUUAUAUAAUUUACUUUUUCUGCUUACAUCUAGCUAUACUUUAUCCGAAAUAAGUGAUUAUAGGUAAUAUGGGUGGAUUCUUAAAUUAGGGACUAUGGAAGUCAAGGUACUACAACUGACUAUGCGAGUAAUACGUUAUUUUCUUUUUUUUCUAUUAGUACUCUUUGCUUACUUUACUACUGCAGUCUCUGGAGAUAUACUCGUAGGUUUCAACAUGGUUUUAAUCGAUUCAAUACUCAUUACCACCGUUACGGCCAUUGUACAGAACUAGUUAGUUUCUGCAAUUUAAUUAAAACAGUUAAACUGCAGGAACUCCGAUAAUAAGUUCCAUUUGUUGUUCCAGCGGAGCUGCUAAUUAGGCAUUGCAAUGUUCAUUUCAUAUCGUACCUACGUUACGUUCCCAGGUUAUUCGGAUUACCAGGACAAAUGAAGACUCGAGGGAAUUUACUUGAAUCAAUUUUUUACCUAUGUAAUUCGAUGUUAUAAUAUCCGGUACCAAAACGCUUGUUAUUUUCGUAGUCUACAUCUAGACGUAGACUUCGAAAAUAAUUGAUAUGCUAGUAAUAAUUUAUAUGCUUUUAUAUUAGUUUAUAUGCUAGCAUAGAGUAGCGGAAUUAUCAGUACCGCUACUUGACACUAGAUGUCUCGGGUGCCGCGACUGACGAAAAUUGUAUUUCUCGACAAUUUACAACUAAUAUUACAAGCAGGAGUUGAAAAUAGAGUUCCGGUUAAUCCGGUUUUAAUCGUCGUAACAUCUAUUGUCAAGCAGCAGUACCUACUGAUAAAUCUACUACUCGAUCCUAGAUGUCGCCUACGAAACUAAUAAUCGUUUUGAUACCAAAACUGACGAGCACUCUAUUCUUACUUUUUAUUUCUCUAUGCUUAUGUUUACGUAACGUAAAAUUUUCUGUUGUGGCGAAAUACGUUUCAAUUUCACUUGUGGGUUUGUGUCAUUAAACGGCACAGAUUCAACUAAAAUUGCCCGUAUGAAAUAUGGAACAUUUUAUAUUUUAUUUGCAAAUCUUUCGUUGCGGGCUAUAACGUAUUCUAUAUUCUAUGAAUAUUUAUUAACGAAUUAUUACCAUGUACAAUGAAUCGCUAGAAACAACUUCGUUUAUUUUAGACUGUUGCAAAUAGCCUCAACAUUUUUUAGGUUUAUGUGUAAAAUAUUUUGCUAUAUAUUAUACUAAUGUUGUUGACAUGCGCGCAUGCAGCAAGGCCACACGCUGCCGCUAAAAUUGUUGCUUAUUGUUAUAAAAAAAAUAGAAUUAAGAGUCAAUAUGUAAAUAAUGAAAUAAUUGUGUAGCUCAAAGUUAAGAAAUCAAAAAGAAUAAAAUUAUGUGAUCUACAA